AUGGGAGAAACAAAGAAAGAUGAACUGUCGUGGGUUGUCGAACCAAGGCAGGAGCCCGGCAGCGUUCUCUAUAAGAUAUCCCUCUACAAAGACAAACUCUUCGUCGGAGAUGCUCAUACGGCCGUCACUACCCUCACCAAGAUGACAUUGCCCUCAGAGCUGCUGCAGUCAUGGUCGUCAGCUCAGCGUUUCGAUGUCAGCAUUGCCGGAAUCACAACAUGGAUGUCGUUCAAUGCAAGCAAGAUUGGGUUGCAGGCACCGUUGAAACCUCCCACUGCUCCAACAAACGUACGCCUCUAUGCGACUCAACAGAAAACCGUCGAUGGUGCUCGAGCGAUCAUAUCCCUUUUUUGGUCACCUCCACUUCAAUGGAAUGCUACUCCUUUUCAGUACAUAAUUAACUGCACAAAGGAUGAUGGUACCACUCAAGGUGGCCCGGUAGGAAGUACCACAACACACAUAUCCUUUGAAGUGAAAAGUGGCAAGGUCGAAUGUUCCGUGGCAGCCGCCAACGAACCGAAUAACAUUGGCGAAUUCACUCCGAAAAUCUCGAUAGACAGCAGUGAGCUGAAGCCUUUGGUGCGACUAUUCGCGAUAGAUUCCACUAAUGCCCUCAUAGCCAUUACUAAUGUUACCCAAGAUGAACCGGCGUCGAAACGAGAGAAACGUCAGAUCUCGCACGUAAAUCGAGUGGAAUGUUUGAAGGCCACUUGUACAAGUUUGGGUCAUUGCAACGGAUAUGAAGGCUUUUGUGUCUAUGCUGUAACGCCACGACGAAGCGUUUACUGCUCUAUGGAAUACCAGGCGAUCGCUUUCAUCGGCAACGACUUGUUUGCUGUUCGAAAGGAACACGAUUCUCUCCAGCCAGUACUUGUUCAGAUCGACACCAACGACAUCGACAAUAUCGUUCACAAGGUAAGGACAGCGAAAUAA